AUGUCGGGGUUACAGCCUGUCUUACCUUCGAAUCAAGCUCCCUCGACUUUCGAGUACGGCGGGGGUGGUGCCCCUUUACGCCCUAGCUUCCGUAGCCGGUGCCAUUUGCUAAUCACUCAAUUUCACAGAUGAGAUUUCAGCAAUAGUUCUCGAUCCGGGCACUUCCUGGAUUCGUGCGGGGUUUGCCGGCGAAGACACUCCAAAGUCCGUGAUUCCUAGUGAUUACGGUGUACUCGAGGGCGUUGAGGAGAAAGGGAAAAAGUAUUUCAUCGGUGACAACGAUGUUCACUCGAUACGGCCUGGCAUGGAGGUCAGGAAUCCAAUGAGUGAUGGAAUAGGUGUGUAAUUUCUUCCGGCCCCUUUGGCAUUUACAAAUUGUCUAAUAUCUGCACAACUUGAAUGCCCCGCAUGCCGAGCUCCGGGGAGUCACGCAGUUUCGCUAAUAUUUGAAUAGUUGCCGACUGGGAAGCUGCGACUACCCUCUGGCGUGAAGCAAUUACACCACGUUUGACUAUGGCACUUUCCGAGCAUCCCCUGCUGAUGACUGAACCGUCGUGGAAUCCUCCUAAGAAUAGGGAAAAGACAAUCGAAAUUGCGUUUGAAGAUUUUGACGUUCCUGCAUUCUAUCUUGCGAAAGCCGGGGUAUGCGCUGGAUUUGCGAGUGGUAAGUCUACAGGACUCGUAAUUGAUGUUGGAGCUUCAAACAUCUCAGUUACUCCUAUCCACGACGGACUUGUCCUUAGAAAAGGCUGUGUUAGAUCUCCUUUGGGCGGAGAGUUCCUUUCCAACCAGAUCAGAGCGUAUUUUGAGUCGGCAAAUAUUCCGUUAUCCGCACACUAUCAAGUUCUCUCUAAGACUGCCGUGGAGGUUGGGAAGCCGGCGGAAGCUACAUACCGUACUUUCGCUCCCGGAGAGGAGCCCACAGAAUCUUACAAACGCUUCCAGGAGGAACGUGUAUUGACUGAGUUUAAGGAGUGCACAGCGCAAGUAUGGGUUGGCCCUGGCCCAUUACCCGGGAACAAUAACCCACCUCUCGAAGCCGCGCAUGCAAUCCUCUCGCCUGGCGGAAGGACGUUUGAAUUUCCCGAUGGCUACAAUUUAGUCUUCAACUCUGAGCGCUUCCGCAUCACGGAAGGCAUCUUCCAUCCACCCUCUAUGUUGACUGCACCAAAUCCAGAUCCCAACACUACCCCUGGCCUCAACCAGCUCAUAGCCAAUGCUAUGAAAGACAUUGAUGUCGAGCUCCGGCAAAUGAUUCUCAACAAUAUCGUUAUCACUGGAGCUGGAAGUCUCCUCUAUGGCUUUACAGAUCGGGUUAACGCCGAGAUUGCCGCAGCCUUCCCUGCACCAAGGGUUAGGGUCAUGGCUGCUGGAAACAGCGUUGAGAGGAGAUACGCUAGCUGGCUGGGAGGAAGUAUCUUGGCAAGUCUGGGGGCUUUCCAUCAAUUGUGGGUUAGCAAGAAGGAGUAUGAGGAGCAUGGUAAAUUUUUAUCUCUCUUCCUAGGAUGCAAGGAUAGCAGCUAAUCCUUACAGGUCCCAACAUUGUUGAAAAGAGGUGUAAGUAGAUGUUUUCCUUUAUCGUUGGAGUGGUGGUGUAAUAGUUGCGGAUGCUAGGGGGAAGUUGGAAGGUGAUGUGGGGUUUUUAAAGCGCCGGCUAUAUGGCAGAUAAUACCCUGGGCUGCUGAGUAGCCUUGUAAUUUUGUCCUGUCUUUUUUUUAUCUUUUUUUGUUGUGGAUGGGGUGAAGUUUUGUGCUUCGUUUGUAAGUUAUGAUUACGGUUUCUGUUAUCAACCCGAAAAGAUUUUUCUUGAACUCUUGAUCUCACAGCUAUUGUAACAGAGGUGUGAUCGUUAAUCACUAGGCUAUCGCACUUCAGGCCGGGGGGGACUCUCUAUGUUAGUGAAGACGUCGCCAUUAAUGAUGUUGAAAAAUUUACAUCCUGAGACAAACCAUCUCACAACAUAGUAUUUGACUCGCGAUUGGCAGUUUGAUUUUACAAGAGACUUGCCGGCCCCAACACUAUUACAAGUAUUCAGCACCGUUUCUCCCGCAG